GAAAGAUGCUUACUGGUAAGGUGGAUCCAACAAGGGUGUAGUACAGAAUGCAAUAAUUAUGAAUUACUUUUUUCUAAGGUAGUUCAAAAUAACAACAUUUAAUGAAGAAAGGCAAACUUACCUAUCAGGUAUAUUUGUGAUUCUUGAUGAGUAAUUACUUCAAGAUUAAUACAUUUGAAAUUCACCAGUCUUAGAAAUGGAAGAAAGUGAUGAACCUGAUCAGCCUAUUUCAGCAGGGAGGCAAGAAAUUCGAAAAAGAAGACGACCCAGUCAACCAAUGGUAGAUAAGUGCCAUCAGACUGAAGUGACAGAGAAAAAGAAACAUCUGCCUAUAUCACAAUCAUCUGGCCCUAAAGCUACCCUUAGUAUUGGUAACAUUUCUGGAAGCAAAGUCAACUGUGAGUCUCUCAGAAUAUCUUCUCAACUUCAGCAAACUUGGGCAAAGAGAAAGCGUGUACAUGACAUGACUGAUAAAUCUCUGCAAACAGACACUACUGUAGAAGAGAAAAAAGAAGAAAUCAAGUCAGUUGGUGAAACAGUGGUACCUGAAGAAAUGCCAGCUGCUGUUGGAGAAGUAGUCUCUGAAUUUCCAGAGAGUGUUCAGGAAGUAAAAAUUCCGUCAAGCGGACAUUCAGUUCAAUUGAAAGUAGACAGAUCUCAGCAGACCAGCUGUACUGGAGACUGGACAAUGAUGAACAUUCCUCAAAAAGAAACAGUGGACAAAGAACAGCAGACGUACUUUAGUGAAUCAGAAAUAGUGGUUUUUGGCAGGCCAGAUAGCCCUUUUUCAAAAUCAAAUGAAGUUGUGCAGAAACGCCACUCCUCGGGGAAGAUUUUUAUUAGUGAAUAUCCUAAAUGGCAACCCUCAACAAGUAGAGAUGAAGGAAUUAGGCAGGAAGAUAUUAUCAGAUCUUCAUUUAGUCAGCAAAGCAAAAAAGGUAGUUUGGGACCUUUAGAAGAUGAGCAAUACAUUCCAGUUGAGGUACAGCCUCUCAUUUCAGAAGAGGUUUCGGCUGAAGUGCAACCUACACUAGCUGAGGACAUUCCUGCAGGAAAGCCCACCAGUGAAUUUCAGCAUCCACAAACUGAGGAGACUCCUACAGAAAAGGGCCCUGCCAAAGUACAGCCGACCCUGGGUGAAGAGGCUCUUUCAGAAAGGCCUCCUGCUGAAGUUCAGUCUCCAAACAUUGAAAAAUCUCCUGUACAGCCUUUCCCAGAGGAAGAGACUCCUGAAGAUGAGGCCCCUGCUAAAGUAGAGUCUAUCCUUGCUGAAGAGGCUUUUUCAGAAGAGCCUCUAUCAACUGAAGAGCCUUCUAUACAGGAGGCCACAGAACUUCAGCUUCCACCAGCUCUGGAGGCACUUAUAGAAGAGGCCGGAGCUGAGGUUCAGUCUCCACCAGCUGAGGCCCCAGGUGAAGUUCAGUCUCAAUCAGCUAAGGAGGCCCCUGCAGAAGAGGCCCCAGCCGAAGUUCAGUCUCCACCACCUGAGGAGGCCCCCGAAAAACAGGCCCCAGGUGAAGUUCAGUCUCCACCAGCUGAGGCCCCAGGUGAAGUUCAGUCUCCACCAGCUGAGGCCCUAGUUGAAGUUCAACCUCCACCAGCUGAGGAGGUCCCUGCAGAAGAGGCCCCAGGUGAAGUUCAGUCUCCACCAGCUGAGGCCUCACCUGAAGGUCAGUCUCCACCAGCUGAGGCCCCAGGUGAAGUUCAGUCUCCACCGAAUAAGGAGGCCCCUGUAGAAGAGGCCCCAGCCAAAGUGCAGUCUCCACCAGCUGAGGAAGCCACCAAAGCAGAGGCCCGAGCUAAAGUUCAGUCUCCACCAGCUGAGGCCCAAGCUGAAGUGCAGUCUCCACCAGCUGAGGCCCAAGCUGAAGUGCAGUCUCCACCAGCUGAGGCCCAAGCUGAAGUGCAGUCUUCACCAGCUGAGGCCCAAGCUGAAGUGCAGUCUCCACCAGCUGAGGCGACCACUGCAGAAGAGAUUUCAGCUGAAGUACAGUCUCUGCCGACCGAGGAGGCCUCUGCAGAAAAGGCCUCAGCUGAAAUUUGGUCUCUAUUAUCCAAGGAGGGCCCUGCAGAAGAGGCCCCAGCUGAAUUUGGGUCUCCACCAACUGAGGAGGCCUCUGCAGAAGAGGCCUCAGAUGAAGUUUUGUCUCUACUUGGCAUGGACACUCCUGCAGAAGAGGCAUCAGUUAAUCUUUGGCCUCAACUAGUAGCUAAAGAGGCCCCAGCUGAAGAGGCCUAUGAAGAGACCUCAGCUGAAGUUCAGUCUUCACCAGAUGUGAAGGCCCCUGAAGAAAAGACUCCAGCUGAAUUUUGGUCUCCAUCAGCUGAAGAUACUACUUUAGAAAUGCUCUCUGUUGACAAACAUUUUCCAGCACCCAAAGAGGACUUUAUUACACAAAUCUCUAUAGAAAAUGUCCUUACUCAACCAUCUGAACAACCUGCUGCAGAUAAGUCUCUGGUAGACCAUGUGUCUACUGAACAUCAAUAUCUCCAGACAGAGGUCCCAGUGGUAAAAUUAGAAUCAAAGGUUUUGGAAGAUCACCAAAAACCCAAAUAGCCUUUGGAACUGGAUCCUGUCUCUGAAGAUUCAUCUAGUAUCAAGAAAGAACAUGUUCCUAACUUUGAAAUAGAGGGUGUCAUCCAUGUAGAACUAAAUCCUCAGCUCUAAUUAGGUCUUAACUACACAAACAAUCAGAAGCUAGGGGCUUCUGGACAUACACACUUUAGAAAAGUUUAGGCAUUUGGAAGUAAAAUGGGAAAUAAAAAAGAAACCCUAAAGAGAUGGACUUCUAGCUGGAAAAUGAACAAUAAAAACUAGUGGCUUAAAA